CACCACUUCCGGGAGCGCCACAUAAGUCUCGGGGCGCAAGGGCCGCCAUUGCGGUUAGCCGGCUGGGGAGAGGUCGAGCCAGCGGGCUGUGGCCCCUGGGACAGGCCGUGUCGGUACCUCUGCUGCAUCAGGUUAGCAAUGGUCCGUAGUGGAAAAAAUGGUGGGCUCCACCUGAAGCAGAUUGCAUACUACAAGCGAACAGGGGAGUAUCAUCCCACAACAUUAUCAAGUGAAAGAAGUGGAAUCAGGAGAGCAGCCAAAAAAUUUGUUUUCAAAGAAAAUAAAUUGUUCUAUGUUGGAAAAGACAGAAAACAAAUGCGCCUGGUAAUUGUUUCAGAUGAAGAGAAGAAAAAGGUGCUUCAGAAAUGCCACGAAAAUGCUGCUGGUACUCAUCAUGGCAUAUCAAGGACGCUGACUUUAGUGGAAUCUAAUUACUACUGGACCUCUGUAACAAAUGAUGUCAAACAGUGGGUGUAUGCUUGCCAGCAUUGCCAAGUGGCAAAGAACACAAUCACCACAGUACCCAAAACACACCCUAUCAAAGCAGAGGACCCAUGGACAGCAGUCACUAUAGACCUAAUGGGACCUUUUAAUGUUACCAACAGAAGUCACAAGUACAUCAUAAUUAUGACAGAUUUGUUUACAAGAUGGACUGUUAUCCUGCCCCUGCAUGACACUUCAGCAGCUGAAAUUGCUAAGGCAAUCAUAAAUGUGUUUUUCUUAUAUGGGCCACCUCAAAAAAUGCCUAUUGAUCAAGGGAAGGAGCUUGUUUAUCAGAUAAAUGAAGAACUGUUUGCACUCUUUGGAAUGAAACAAAUUGUAUUGUCUUAUCCUCAGACAGAUGAUGUAAAUGAAACAACAUGCAAGACAAUCAAAGCUUUCCUUAACAAAUACUGCACUGACCAUCCAGAUGAUUGGGAUGAACAUUUGUCUGCUAUUGCCUAUACUUUCAAUUUGACAAAUUUGGAGCCAGAUCAAAACACCCCAUAUUUCCAAAUGUUUAAUCGUAACCCACAUGUUGUUGAGCCAAUGAAUAUAUGUGUGGAAGGAGAAUACAGUAUGUUUGCCAAAAUAUUUGAAGCAACUAAAAAAGCCAGUCAAGCACUGGAAGAAGAGAAAACCUCAGAUUGCCAGGUGGAGAAAAACACAUCAGAUGAACAAAAAAUCAGAAACAAAAUCACUGUCAAAAGGAAGCCAAAGCAAUUAAAUACCCUUCGACUUAAAGUUGGUCAUGAAGUCCUCAGGCAAAGAAAAAACUGGUGGAAAGAUGGUCGUUUCCAGUCGGAAUGGGUUGGUCCUUGUAUUAUAGAUUAUAUCACAGAUAAUGGCUGUGCAAUAUUAAGAGAUGCCACAGGAUCCAGGCUGAAAAGACCCAUCAAGAUGUCUCACCUCAAGCCAUACAUAAGAGGGUCCAAUGAAAAAGGCAGCCAUUACUUUUUACAAGGUGCCGUAGUUGUUGACCAUGACUAUAUUGGCUUAUCGGAAAGAUCCUGGAAUCCAAGCCAACAAGACUCUGUUGCUGAAGAGGAAAUAAAUGCCUACACAAGAGAUGUCGUGUCUGCUGUACAAAUGGCACCUGCAGCCUGCAAAGACCAAGAAUCAACAGAUGGUAAACAUCAGUCUGAGCUGACAGAAGAGCGUUGCAUUCAAUCAAACACUGCAAAGCCAGAGCAAUGGCCUUCACCUUGUUGGACACUUCAGACCAAGAUAGAGGAUACUUAAGCAUAUUCUCAUGACACAUUUCAUUGCCAAACAGUUUGGAACGUCUGUGGCAGACUGAAAAAAAUGUAAUAGCUCCAAAUUCCUUAGCCAAAUCCACUUUACUACUUUAUGAAUAUAAAAGUACUGCAGGUGUCCACUGGUUAAUUUUUAUGGGCAUUAAGAAGGAAUUGCUCUGCUACCAGAAACAUAGGCACAACCUAGUAAAAGCACAUGUUCUACUACUGUAUGACUUUAAGAACAUUGUAGGUGUCCAGUGGUUAAUUUAUGUGGGCGUUAAGAAGCACUCACUCAGUGACCAACAGUACAGGCACAACCUAGUAAAAGCACAUGUUCUCAUCAUGCAUUUGAAUUUCAGAUUUUGUUAGUAGAAUGGCAGUGUGGCUGUACCUUACUGUUACCCACUCAGGACACAAUGCAUCAUUUCAAUGUAAUGACCUUUUCAUUAAUCCUUAGAUGACUCAUUCCUAAUGUGCAGAGAUACUGUGGGAUGAAUAUAAUCUAAGCAACUUGCUGUAAGUUUUGCCUCCACUGUAGAGAAGCUCACAUCCUCCUUUUCCUGUUAUAAAACAGUUUUCUUUCUGAGAAGCUGCAAACUGACUUUUACAGCUUUCAAUUUCUAGUCUAACCCACAGCUCUAAGAUCUCACAAAACAGUAAAGCUGCCAAAACUAAGUAUAUGUAAUGUUCUGCACAUGAAACAAGGAGACCUUCAGCUGCUGCCUGCUCAUCAAAACUCUGCUAGGGAGAGCAAUUUUAAUUUCUCAGGUGUGUCAAGAUCUUAAGAGCUUUCAGCAUUCAUUUGUGCUUUCUUCACAAUCUUCUCAUGUGGUUACCAGAGCCAGUACAGGUUUGGAGAUUUCCAUUGACAGUGGUCUAGGAAAGAUGAAGCACUGGUAUUACUUAUUCUCUGAACUUCUUGAGUAAGUUGUUACUGGCCUGGACUUACUGCUGAGAAGACUAUAUUUCAGAGUCAGCUGAACAGGAAUUAUUUCAUGUGCAAAACUGGUGAGUGCAAGUCACUUCUUUUUACAGGGGACUGACAUGAAGAGGAAGAAAACUAGCAGAAAACUGAAUUUAGAAGAAUUUAGACAUUCUUUCUGAUAUUGUGGAAGAUUUGCUUAUCUUGCUCUUGAAUGUGUGCUUUUCCUCUCAUCUCUGCUGCUGAAUGUCGUGUGACUUGUAGCACAGGUGAAGGAAAGUACUAUUUAUUAGCUCUUUCAGUUAAUCUUAGGUAACAAGAUGUGGUCUGCAAGGCCGAUGAGGUACAUAACUCGUACAGAAAUUCAUACAUAAUGUACAGAGUGUCUUUGAUAUCGUGGGCUGCAGCUGUGUAAGAAGAAAGCUCAGCACUAUGACAGGAUCCUAUCUUAAAAUUCAAAUGAAAAAUACUUAAAGUAUUUUGUGUCUUCUGAAAGUCCAGUCCUACAAAUAUACUUUUCCUCCACUGAGACUGUUUCAGAAAGAGGGUACUGGGAGGCAGUUGGGGAUGCUGGCUUAACAGGCUCCUUCCUCCUCUAUGCCAGCUCCAUGGAACACUUGAAGAUGAACAAGCUUUGCGUUGGCAUUGACAAACAUGCACAAGCUGAGAAGCCCAUUUUUCUGUUAGCUGCUGUUACCCCCCCAAGCCAUGCUGUCCCCUAGAACAGCUGACCUUUACACUCGUCAGUCUAGUGCAGUCAAGAAGUAAAGAAAGUGGGCUUGGUGAAACACAUUUGUCUUGUUUAAAAAAAAAAGCUAGGAAAUCCUGUUAAAGUAGUUACAGCAGAAAAAACCCCACAUGUAAAUAGUAAUUGUGAACAGUGGCCUGCCUUUGAUUUAAUUGUUUUCCUCCAAUGAUGAGCACUGUGGUCAUACUGUAUUUUUUUCCCUGGAAUAGUAGUUUAAGGACAAUAAUCUGUUUGGGUGCUGUGUGCCAUGGGCACUGGAGGUUCGUGUCAUGAUAAUGAUGUGGCAGCCUAAAUUGUUCCUAUGUUAAUCCUUAACAGAGGGUCAGGCUCUUUAAGCUAACCCCUCCUACUCCGUAUGUACCUUUGUUUCUUUCACUAUGAUUAUUGACUAAAGUGACAACUUCUGCUAGGAUGGAUUUGUUAUAUUGUUAGAUAGAUGGCAUGUGUGCACGCAUGAAAUUAUAUAUAUAAUGUGUGCAAAAAAACCCCAAACUAGUGUCAGGGAUAAAAUCGGAGAAUAAGGGAGCUCUCUGCAAAAUUCCUUUCUGCUUUGUUAGGUGCAAAAGAAAAGCAGUUCCUCUUUUUUUUUUUUCCUUUUUUUUUUUUUUUUUUUUUUCACGUCAACUGAUCAGCCGUUUAUUUGUGCACAGUACAGCAGAGCUGUUUUCUGGGGAAGCUCUGGGGCAAUGCAAGUGCUGUGUUCUCGUUAUAGCUACAUUGGUGAGAAAGGAAAUCCUAUAGUGACAGAGGAAUAGGAAAACCAGGAAACAUUUAACAUACAUACUGUGUAAUGCUGAUCAUUCAGGCUUCCUAGUAAUUUUGAUUUCUAUUAACAAGCAGGCAUUAGUGCCUCUUCACUGCACCUAAAUGGGGCCUUCUCUGCAUGUGGGAGGUUCAUUGAAAUAAAAUACAGGGGUUUCAAACUAAUGAUGUGAAAAACAAUCAAUGGAAACUGUGAAGAAAAAAAAAACCACCAGGAAACCUGAGACACUGGAAGCAGCACGCUGUGCUUGGGGAAGCUCAGAGAAACCCCUUGCACCCUUGCCAUAGGAAAGCGUUGUUCAGUGUAUGCUUGUGACCGCCGUGAGUUGUGACCUGCUACCUUUGCUUUGUAUUUUAACCAACUUGGAUAAAUACACGAAUGUCCAUCUGUACUCUGUUUCACUGGCACACAGGUUUGAUGUAUGAUAGGACAAUAGCAAAAGACUAUUUCAUAACAGAAUUCUUAGAAAUUCUUUCUAAUAGCGUUUGUGCCCCCUCCUGGCAAAUUGUUUAGAGGUGAGGAACAGAAGGGAGUACAGCAUGAAAGAAAAAGUGCCAAUUUCCUCAUACCUCCCAGCACAGAACUAUGAACAUUUAUGCUUUGGGUUUCCUAGUAGUGCUACCUACCAGCUCACAGUUUGAUGAAAAACACUAUAAAAAACAUCUGCUAGUGAAAAGACUCAGUACAAAUACUCAGAGUGUUGUACUGUGGAAUAAAAACCUUACAUCUCUUGUUCAAAUACUUUCUGAACUUUUGUAUAGCAUUUGCCCAUUCUGUGUUAAGGUGUUUUUGCUUUCCAGCUACAGCCGUUUUAAAAUUUUUUCCUUCUUCUCCCUAGAACUGAAUAUUCCCAGCUGGAAGGCACCAAUGAGUCAUGAUUUGCUUUUCACAGCUAGCAGUUAACAAAUCUUCUGGAAAUACUACAUUUGAGAACGAGAUAAGUGUCCUUCACUCAUUUGCUUGGGUGCAACAUCCAUAUCAAUGGCCUUUUGCAGCAGACAUCAUUACUCUAAUGACCUAGCAUCAAAAUCUUUGCAUAGUAACCUUCUUAGUAUUUUCAAAAUAUGUAAUGGAAUAUUUUGGGGGGCUUGGAAUGGAGUGGAUGCUUUCAGUUAACUUACUGGACUAGCUAAAAAUAAAACAUCAGCUCUAGAGUCUCACCAAGUGGUGGAAACUCAGCAAGGCACAUCAGCAGCUGUCAUCGUCUGUUCGCCUCAAGAGUAUGCUGCCCAUCUGUGAAUUCAACAGAAGGAAAUGCCAUGUUAGCAGUCACCAAGACCAGACACUGUUUUAAAUUAGAAGGCUAAAUUUGACACAAAUGAACAGGAUUUAGCAGUGACUUCGGGAAGUGGUAUUACACUCUUCUACACAUAGUAGAAGAUCUGCUGGCCUACUGUUUAAAUCUUGGUAAUCAAACUAUGUAGACAUUUGGAAUCAAAAGCAGCACACAAAAAGCUUUAAUUUGAAAGGGAGGGCUCUUCCGGAUAGAAGUAACCAGACAGUAGCUUCAUUUUAAAACACUUGAUUCAGGAACUAUUAAUCCUGAGAGACCAUUCCCCAGUCAGUUUUCCUUUACUUUGACACAGACCACAUUUGCAAAUGCAAGCGCACUCAGGUUGCUUGAUCUGCUUACUUGUUUGUCCCAUUGUAGUAGGCAUUGCUGCAGGCUCUGAGGAUAGGUUCAUGCAUUUAUCUUCCCACAGGGCUCCUGGCUGCAGUCAUGUACAGUCCAUCUUACCCUGGCACUACGCAAAGUGUUACGGUGAUGAAAGCAUCUGCGGGAACCUUGCUGCACUGGUAGCAGGAAUAGGUAUGCUAAUAAACAAGACAGGUUGUAGGAAGUGCAGCAUUCCCAGUCUGCCAGGCAGUGCUGCCCUGCUACAGAUUGCUAGUGCAAUGGUCCACAGGUCACUUGGGUACAACUUUCCAUAAUUUACCAGCCGUUACUCGCAUUGUCCUUUUCUAGGUGCUUGACAAGAAUCUUUGAGCUUUCAUCAGCAGAGCUGGGGUAUUCCAAGCUGCAGGUGGUGUCAAGCAGGAGUGCCUUGAAUGUGUAAAGUGAUACCUAAGUAAGUGGGCUAAAAGGGAAUAAAUAAGAUUUCACAAAUUCAGUACUUAAAGUUAGUUGAUGUUUUACGACAAUUGAUGCCUUUCAGCUCUCCAUGCCUCGCUUCUGCCUUAGUAGAAAGUGAAUAGCACCAUGUCAGUUACCAGGCAUACUGAAAAAAAUACUCAUUACUCUUCACAAAGCUGGCAGGCAUAGUGAUGAAAGCCCCAAUAGAAAAGUCCACAAGAAAAUGACUUCUAUAUUUUGUGCAGAAUUUAAGUGAUAUGCAGUAAAUAAUACAUGGGGUUCCCCACCAGACUGAUUUUGAAUGUUUAUCUAGUCAGAGACAUCAUCCAUCACUCCCACAGCUCAAAGACCUAGGAAAAGGAGAGCAGUCUGAGUAGGAACAGGACAGGAUUUAGUGCAUGGUUACGGUAUUAUACUGACAAACUGAAUUUUUUAGGUUCUUAACUUUUGUAUGUUUGACUCUGCAGAUGUUAGGGAUUUAUUUCGGAACAUACACUUGAGCCCUGAUGUUCUCUGCCUCCCUGCUGACAGAGGCGUGGGCUGGCAGCCUGUCCCCGCAGGAGCGUGCCCCGCACACCUAGCGCGUACUCUGCCACUGCUGCACUGUGAAUACGCGGUGCUUGUAGAAACUGCUUCCCAGUGGUUUGUUUCUGAGUCCUUCUUUCCCAAACUAUGUUCUCAGCAAAAUUGUCAUCUGGUUACAGCAAAAACUGUAACCCGAUGAUAAUUAUGGAAGCAUAAAUAUACUUCUGAGAGCAAUGUGACCUGCAUUGUGUGAAGGCUGCAUGAUUGACCAUUCACCUAAGUUAGUUACAGUACAAAAAUAAUCUGCUUGUGCGUUAGGUAGUUUAUACCAUAACUGCCAGCUGUGGUAAGCAUUCAGUACAGCUUUGCAUCUUUGUAAGAACUGGGCAGCCUUCAGUACUUGUCAAACCUUGGUUGCUGUGAGCAGGAUCUCAAGUGCCUGGAAAAAAGGCUAUCCCUCCUGUUCCUUACAUGUGGCACAGUGCGUGAUCUGGGACCCAACUCAAGGAAACAUGGCAGAAUUGUGGGAUUCAGUCCUUUUUAAUGCAAGUAAUUUUCUUGAGCUGCAGUUUUAGGAUGUACCAUGCCUGAAGAAAGCAGUAACAAACAUGGAGGGGAGGGUAUCAAAGCAUUGACAAAUGCAGUGGCCAGGGCAGGGUUCUGCUCCUAACAGCUACGUGGUAAGUAGCACCAACUUUAACCUGUUACGGCUGGCUAUGUGGCUUGCCUUAUACCCAUUCUGAAAAGUCUUAAAUUCUAAUUAAAAAAAGAGUAGAAGAUUUAGGUUUCUCAUACAUUUUAGUUUGAAAAAUAAAAGGAGUUGGUAAUUAAUAAUAAUUUCCCUAGUUUGCUAAACUGUUACCACUGACUAUUUGCUAGAAACAAAUUGCUCCACUGGAUCUUUAAAAUGGUACUUUUGGCACAGUUCCUAGAAAAAAAAAAGCCUCUACAUUAUCUGUGUCUUUUUUUAAAAGUUGUACAAUGAAAUCAGACAGAGCUUCAUUUGCAGGAUGUUGUGCUUCACAUGCAACUAAUUAAUAAGAAACACUAGUGGAAAGGAGCUAAAGAAAGGAGCAGUUCAGCAAAUGUGCCUUCACGAUCUGUAGUAUUUAGAAAAUUCUAGUGCAGCUUCCAAGUUGACUCCCCCUCCCUUCUACCUCUGCAAACAUGUGUGUAGCAAAGCCAGAUGGAUGCUGCUUUAGGUUUUCCAACCACCAUGUCCAGAAACAGCAAGCAGUUUGCAGGUUUUGCUUGCAUAAGUAGCUGCCACUGGAAAUUUAAAAUCCCCCUCUACACCAUUAGCUCCCCUCUUUUCUUCUGCCAGUAAUGGUUAGCUAUACAGAUUAAUCUAAAUUUUUCACAGGUAUUGGAGGGGAGUUUGAAGAGCAGUUAUAGUGUAAAUUUUGCUAACAUUUUGAUAAUUCACAAUGGAGAAAAAUAUUUUCACAUUUAAGAAUUAAAAAAAAAACACAUAAAGGGAAAUCAGGGUGCUAAAACUCUAGGGUUUACUAGUAUCUAUUUUACAUAGAAAAUACUGUGGCCUAAUUUCAGCUCUUAAUUUUAAUUGACCUGGACAUUUGGUUCUUUUUUUUUUUUUUUGUAGCACAUGAAUCCACACAAACUGUGCACUAUAUCAUAACACAGUCUUACAGAUUUAAAAGUAUGUCCUAAUGUGCAAUUAAAUAAUAAAGUUGCUUUUGCAUUGCUCAGCAGUGAUCUGCUCCCCACAACUUGUAUUGCUAAUACAUAUGUAGUCUUUCAAACAAGUUCCCACAAGUGUGUUUGAGUGGCAAGAUAGAAGUCCCUUCUCUGUACCAUGACCCACACUUAAUCCUAAUCCUCUGUAGCAUGACAGACAUUACUGACCUAAAAUUUCUGAUAAAACAUAAAUAAAUCUGGCUUCGGCAAGCAAGAA